AUGAACGAUAUGAUGUCCCUGGGCAUCCACCGCGUAUGGAAAGACCAUUUUGUCCGAUCUCUCAAUCCCGGCAUACGCUACGCUUCGCUACACGAUGAGCAUAAAGGGCAAAGGAUACUGGACAUCGCCGGUGGCAGUGGAGACAUUGCAAUCCGAAUGCUCGAUCAUGCGACGAACAUCAACAAGGACAACAAGACGCACGUAACCAUAUCCGAUAUCAAUCCGGACAUGCUUGGCGAGGGUCGCAAGAGGCUGUCACAAACACCAUAUCAGGCCGAGGGAAGAGUUGACUAUUUGGAAGCGAACGCUGAGGAGUUGAAUUCUAUUGGGAGUAACAGCAUAGAUCUCUACACUGUUGCAUUUGGCAUUCGCAAUUUUACCCACAAGGAGAAGGCGCUGAAGGAAGCCUUUCGCGUACUGAAGCCAGGAGGAGUCUUUGCUUGCCUGGAAUUCGCCCCGCACCUCUCCAAUCCGCUGCUGAACGGUCUGUACAAGAGGUGGUCAUUCAGCGCAAUACCCCUCAUCGGGCAGAUUGUGGCCGCGGACAGGGAUAGCUACCAGUAUCUUGUGGAGAGCAUCGAGCGAUUCCCGUCUCAGCCGGAGUUUGCGCGAAUGAUCCAAGACGCUGGAUUCCUGAUUCCGGGUCAGAAGCCGGAUGGAUCAUGCAUUGAAAGCGGCUGGGAGAAUCUUAGCAUGGGUAUUGCAGCGAUACACAAGGGCGUCAAGCCAUUGUAG